AUGAGUGUUACCUGUCUUUCUAAAAAUUUUUUUUCCAGUCCUGAUAUAAAUGAAUCCUCCGAUAAAAAUGAAUCUGGCAGCCAACAUCUUAAAAGGCACAAAAUUUUGCCUUUUGGUCACGGUGUUCAGGAUCGUCUUGAUACACCAAGAGGAUCAGAAUCCAGUGGACAAUAUUCUCAUUUUUCCAAUAGGCAACCAAGGAAACAAUCAGUAGUCUCAGGAGUUGAGAAAAAACCCAUCAGAGAUGAGCCUCAAUAUAUGAGCAGUGAUAAAAGUACAAUCCCCAAUGAAAAAAUUAUUAAACAACCUACUCAUUUCAUUCAAAAUGAACAUGAACCAACACAUGUUCGACUGAAUCCAAAGUGGCCUGAUAGUCGUUUAAAAAGUAAUAUCCCUGAUAGGAUAGCUGAAAAUCUUGAAGAAACUGACAAAAGUUUUGAAAGUAGUGAAGAAUCCUCUGAAACCACUUUCUGUCAUCAAUUACCACUGACUGAUUCACCAGGUGAAUAUUUCCAGGAUCAUCACAAUUUGCAUUUCAACCAGCCAGAUCAACUCACACUGUUAUGCACAAACAUUGAUGAACCUGAUAAUACGGAUGAGAUGAAAUAUAUACCAAGUGAAAUUUUGAAAGAUAAACAUUAUUCUCAGAAAUCUGUAAUUCCUUGCAAAGAAUCUCAUCCUCACUUACCAUCAGGGGAUAAUUUCAACGUAACUGGUAACCUCAUGAGUGGUGAAUACCAGGGCUGGGGAAAAUGCAAACAUGAGUGUGACAUGGAACUUUUAGAGGAUGAAGGAGAAGUAUCAUACUAUCAAUUGUCAGAUCCUGAUUACAAUGAUAGUCAACGCUUACCUUACAAAGGUAUCCAAAGAGCAGGAAAGAAACGUCCUUUCCAGCCUCAGCACCAAAAGUCAAUACCCCUUUUCACGAGACAAAAAAGCAUUAGAGAUGAACCACUUUGGGGACUCAGAAACAUGCCUCAUCUAGCCCGAAGCCCAAGUGUCGAGCAUCCUAAUUCAUAUCCACCGUAUCAACAAUUACUGAGGCAUCAACAAUAUGAAUAUCAUCUCCUUCCUACAAGUAAGGAAUCAGUAGAUUUUCGUACAGCUCCUUCCAGUUCGAUGUUCUACCCUGUUCCUCCCCCAUCAGGACCCAAUAUAGUUAGGAGUGAUCGAUAUAAACCUUUUGAUUUGAGUCAAACCCCAGAAACAGAUCUUAGAGAAUUCUAUACGAUUUUUCACUGUUGUAAUACCACUAAUACUUCUAAUACUAUUAAUGCACCUGGCAAUUAUACAAAUAUUGUAGAUAAAACUAAUGUUGCUAAGAAACCAAUAGAUUCUUUACAUACAACUUAUUAUUACAACUAUACACCAAAAGCAGAAUAUCAACUUCCAUAUGAUGAUAUGCAACAGGCGUCAACAUCAAAUCGACCAGAUAAUUUUUCGUCUUGUUCAAAUGAUGAGGAUAAUGAUGAUGGUGUAAUUUAG